GUGGACGUGUUGCUGUGUGGAAAUCACUCAAGGUGCUGCUUCUGUCAAGAACAUUGAAAAAAAGCUCUUUAGUUUGUUCAGGACACAAGUUAUCUCUGGCCUGAAAACCACAAUCCAAUGACAGUGGCUGUUGUUUUGGAGUGUCUACAGCCAAGUGGAAACGCGCUGUCCGAUGUGCGGUUUUUUUCCCCCCUCGCAGAGCAUCGUCACGGGUCCCGAGCUGAACACACACUCACACACACUGAACACACACUGAACACACACGCGUCUGGCGCGCGUCUCAGCUGCGAGCGGAUAGUGCUCUCUCUAGACACUGACAACAUUUAGAAGUCGUAGAAAGUUACAGAUCUCGCAGCAUCCUCCGAAUAAUUAACAGUAAGGACAUCUCUUGAGGAAUUUGACCGUCGGGGUCAAGUCUAGUUUUCAUCAAUGUAUAUAGACGCGUUUAAAAGGAUGAUUUUUGAACGGCUGAAUUGUUUGAAAAGAAUGUGUGUGUGUCAGCGACAGUGCAGUUCGUUGGCCAUGUCUAAGGUUGCAGUAAAGAAGCUGCACUGGCGCUCUAAAGUGCAGGAGACCUUCGUACCGCUAGUGGGCAGCUCUGGAGAUUUGGGAAUUGCCAUCGGAGGCGGGGCAGAUUAUGGAGAGUUCCCAUUCGUCACCGCGGCACCAGGGGGAGGGAUCACAGUUGGCGAUGUCAUCUUAGAAAUUGGUGGAACUCCUGUUUUGGGCCUGACUUUAGGAGAUGUGCGUGGGCUCUUAAACUCCUGCCCCCAUCCAAUCCGCAUCAAGACAGUGUCUCCAGGCUCAACUCUAUGCAAGGAUCUAAGGUUAUACCUGAGCAAAUGUUUCACACCAGGUUCAACGGACAGUCAACUCCAGCAGGUGAUCCGAGAAAACCUCUACUUGAGAGCUGUGCCCUGUACGACUAGACAGCCCCGAGACGGCGAGAUCACGGGAGUCGACUAUAACUUUGUCUCCGUUGAAGAGUUCUUCUCGCUGGAGGAGUCGGGGGCGCUGUUGGAGAGCGGGAAGUUCAAAGGGAACUACUACGGAACCCCUCGUCCAGUUCACAUUAAUCCUGAUAGUCCUCCCAUCACCUACCAGGAGCACCGCAACCUGCUGAGAAACUUCCGCACACGGAGCAAGUCCCUCAGCAACCUGGAGAAAGCAGGCGAGGAGGGAGACAACAGCGAGGAGGACUCGGGUCUAUCAGGUGGUUCGGCCGGGGCGAGCAGUGCCCCCGCCCCCACCUCAUCCCCCAGCCAAUCACGAGACUCGAGCGGAGGAGACGGCAGUGCCCUGGAGAAUGGGCUCGGACCCCGUAGAGGAGCACGGCAAAACUGGGAGAUGAUGUACAGCGACUCAGGGAAUGUCGAUUACAAAGACCAUCAUCUAAAGCCAUCCUCUUGGCUCAAUCGCAGAGCUUACAGCAGAGACAAUGUCUGUAUGACUGAAUACAUUUCACAUUCAUGCUUUUGGCAGACACUUAAAGACUUACAAAGCAACUUACAGUGCAUUGAAGUGGCAGAGUUUACAGACCAGCCGAGUGAACUGAAAGGCUUCUCUGUUCACACUCGUCUGGUGAAGGGUUCACGGGGUUUCGGCUUCAACAUAGUGGGAGGCAGCAGGCGUAGAGAGUUCCUGCAGAUCUACAGCAUCACUCCCGGAGGACCUUCCACCCUUCACACAGCGGAUAUUCUGGUGUACAUCAAUGAUACCUGUGUGCUUGGCUUUUCUCACAAAGAGGUGGUGGAAAUGUUGAAAGCCAUUCCGGUGGGUCACACUGUGGACGUUGUUGUCCGAAGAGGCUACCCCAUGCUCUAUAACUCUGACGGCUGUCCGAAGAAGCCCAAUCCUCGACUAACAGCAUCCCUAGACCAGUCACUACAUCUACCUCCACCAACCACCACCCAACCCCAGGCCCAGGCUCCUCUCCCAUACGCUCAGCUACACCUCAACCACAACGGGCCCAUGUGGUCUGAUUUUGAGAUGGGAUCCUCAAGGAAUCUCGGAGAGCGGGCAUCAAGGUUUAGUUUGGAUGCUAAUGGGAAUUCAUCUCCAUUUGCUUCUCCUUCAAGACAGCCAUCAUCAUACCAGUACUCUAAUGGGUAUGGGAGUGGGUUCCUGAGACCACCACGCUCUGCCAGAAGCAUCAGGAGGCUACAGAGUGCAGAACUGGCCAGCCAGAGUGACAGCGAGGUGGUGUCUGCGAUUGGAUCCCAUAGGGCCUCAUUUAUCCGUAACCAGAACAACAACUCUCUGUCCACUCCGCCACCUCUCCGCCUGCACUCCUUCAAAUCUUCUGAGAGUGACCUUUCCUCGAGUACUCCACCACCCAUAUCUCGAUUUCCCCUGCCCCACACUGAAGUAAGUCCAGGCCCUAUCUCUUUCUCUCCUGGAGGAGGAAGGCGCUACUCUCAUCUCCAUAAACCCCAGCACUCACUGCUAACCCCACCUAGCAGCACCCAUUCUGACGGGCCUUACUUCACCUUCAAUGGCACAGCCAGUGCCAGCAGCGGCAGCCCGAACAGCAGCAUUCCUUCGCCUGGAGCCAGGAGUGCUGUGAUCGGGAGUGGAGUUGGAGGAAUGGCGGGGAGUGGAGAAUUAGUCCCCGUCGCUUUGGCUAAAUGUGAGAGGGGCAGCAAUAUGGGGUUCAGUGUCACGGCAGGAGGUCACGGAGGAAGACAGACCCUGGUGAAGAAAGUCUGGGACCACAGACAGUGUACUGGACUGCAGCCUGGAGAUGCCAUUGUGAAGAUCAAUGGAGCAGAUGUACAGAGUCUCAGCUUUGCACAGGUCCAAAGGAUUUUGCAAGAACACACUAAAAAGGGGGAGGUUAUUCUGCUGGUGUUCAGAGGGGGCCACUCACAUUUCUCCAAUUCGCCUAAUUCUGUGCGACGACUGACUCCUCCCCCUCCUCGCUCCGCCUCCGACUCUGAAGUCCCUCUCACUGACUCCAUGCCAUUAUCGCGCAGCUCUUUAACCCCGCCCUCUCCAGCACUGGUGCGCUCCUCAUUGGUCCAGAGCACCAGCUUCCUGGAUUCUGUUCCUGUCACUCUCACGCUAGAGCCACGCGAUUGGAUGAGUUCAGAGGAAGGAGGGACGGUACUCAGUCCCAGAGUAAAAACAGAGGAGAAAGAACAGCCCCCUGCACUGAGGGGGUAUGAGGUGGAGCUGAAGAGGAAGCCAGGUGAAGGCUUUGGAUUUGUUAUCGCCUCUCAGGAUGUGGAGAAUGUCAAAGCAGCGUCUCUGCUGCCUCACAGGUUUGUGACGGUACGCAGAGGCAGCCCGGCGGCACGCAGCGGUCAGAUCAGGCCUGGAGAUCGUCUGGAGGCCGUGGAUGGGAGAUCGGUGGUGAAUUUACCUCACAGAGACCUGGCACAGAUACUGAGGAGAGCUGGAAACACACUCCGCUUGACCAUCGUGCCCCGCGCCAGUGCUCAUUCCUCAGAGCGAGCAGAAAAUGACACUGAUUAUAAGAACAGAAAAGCUCACAAGUCAAAACCAAAGCAGGACGCCACGCGGUACUACAGUGUGGAACUGGAGAGGGGUCCCACUGGAUUCGGCUUCAGUCUGAGAGGAGGGAGUGAAUAUAACAUGGGCCUCUAUGUGCUGGGACUGAUGGAGGGAGGACCGGCCUCACGCAGCCACAAAAUACAGGUGAGUGAUCAGUUGGUGGAGAUCAAUGGAGAAAGUACAGCAGGAAUGAGUCACAGUCAGGCUGUGGAGCAGAUCAGGACCGGAGGAAGCAGGAUACACCUCGUGUUCAAAAAAGGAAAUGGAUACGUGCCUGACUACGACCGUGAUCAAGUCACAGCCGUCUCCUCCUCACCCCAGGCCCUGCAGUCGGGUUUGGCUACAAUGAGCCAAGGCCGAGCUCAACAGGGUGCCACAUCCAGCGUUCAAAAACCAGGGAAGACCAACCGAGAGCGGAGAGAACAGAGGGAGAAGGGAAGUGACGGAGGAGACCGCGAGAGCCCUGACAGUCUCGAGGGCGGCAGUCAGGGCAGGGGGCGAAGGUCGAGAGACGAAAGGAGGAGACGAAGGACACAGAGCUUGUCUAGAAACACAGGACAAAGUGAUGAAAACGUGGAGGAAAGAGUUGAAAGAGUCAGGAAAGAGAAGGAAAAAGGCAAUGAGAGAAGAGAAGACAGGUCAAGACGGAGCAAGAGCGAGGAGAGGGUGAGACGGGUGGAGAGAAAGAGGCAAAAAGACGAAAGCAAGAACACACAAACUAUCAAUAACCAGAGACUUCCUGAGCCUAAACUGCAGUGGGAGGAAGACAACGAGGAGGACGAGUGGGAAAGAGAGACAGAACAAGAGUGGAUGAGAGAGAGAGAAAGGCUGAAAGACAAAGAAUGGGAGAGGGAGGAGAGAAAAUCGCUUGCUUCAGAGAGCGACAAGGAAUGGGAAACAGAAAAGGAGGUGAAUAAAGUGCUUGAGUGGGAGCUGAACAAAAAAACUGAACGAGGGAUUCCGGACGAAUUGAAUGUAAAGCGACAAAGUGAAAACGUAGCAGAAAUGAGUUUCCGUGAUCGUCUGCCUUAUUUAGGCGUCCGCGUGCUACCUUCAGAAAUUCAGCCCCGCCCACUUCAACCCUUAUCUGGACAGCCAGUAGUAGGCUCUGAAUUCGAUCGAACCCCAUUUGCUUUCCUCACAUCUGCGCCGCCUGAAUACGCAGAGUCCGAAUCAGGAGCUAGUGUGUCUGAGUGUAGCGUUUCCGCAGCCAGUAUCUCGGGUCUCUCAAUGUAUCUGAAUGAAAACCUUACCUUGAAAACCACACGAAGGGCCCAGGGGCCUCCACUUCCAGGCCCCUGGCUCAAACCCAACUCACAGAGGUUUAAUAGAGAUGUUGAGAAAGGUGGAGGAACAGAAACAUGAGUUAUGUUGUAAAGGCAACCAUCACUAUUAAUAUUGCUUAUACUUAGGUUUAAAGUCGCGAUGAAAUGGAAGUAUGACAAACUUUCGUAUUUGAUUGGAUUUGUGAAAAGAAGGAAAUGUAGGACAGGGACGUGGUAAAGCAUGUUGGUAGUUGAUUGGAUGGAGGCAGAUCUGAAUGUGAAUUUGCAGCUGAUUGUAAGAAAUGGGCGGAGCUUAAGUGGACGAAAUCUAGUAGACGUCACCAGUAGCAGAUAUAUUGACAGUUAACCAUUUUUUACCUGCAAAAUUCCACCGAAAUUUUGCUAAUGUGACUGCGCCUAAAGAACUUGCUUUUUUGACUUGGUCAGCAAGCAAUUUACAUAAAUGUACAUUUAGCAUGCACUUUUAUCCAAGGUGACCUAAAAAUGAAGAAAAGAACAAACAAUUUGUGCCAACAAUAUUCAUAGUACACAAUGCCGAGUUUAAAGUGUGAAGUAGUUUACUGCAGAACCAUCCAAGAACAUGCUUGGAAACACCACUGCAACCAUCCACAGCAAUGGAUCAUGGUGGUGAGUUUUACACAGGGAAACAUCACUUAGAGGACAUUAUUAUAUUUUAGUUUUUUCCUGCACAUUUAAGCAGUUUUUGAACACUCCCACUCCAGCUUGCUCUCUCAAGUCUUUCUCUCUUCUUCUCUUCCACUGUGUCCUCCACAAUGAAAGUCUGCAGUUAUCAACGCAACAUCUUUUACUGUUGUGCCAGACUGUUUGUAUAGUAUAUUGACUUUGUAUGCAACAAAACUAUCAUGUGAAGGGCCAAAUAUUCUAUGUAUCUGUCAUGCUAGCUUGAGUCCAGGUUUAACCUUUUUAGCACUGCUAUUUUUCUCUUCAGUUCUUCUGUAGGAACUCUAUUUAAUCUUAUACAAUGCUUCAUGUAAACCAGUGAAAGACUAAAUGGUGUACAUUUCGUUAGCCAUGAAAUUAUUAACAUUCAAAAGUUUGGGGUCAGUACUUGCUAUUUUGGAUAUUUCUAUUCAUCAAAGCAUCCCGAAAAAAUUAUUGUAUUGCAGUUUCCACAAAAAUAUUACACAGCACAAGUGUUUUUAGCAUUAUUAAUAAUAAGAAAUGUUAGUUGAGCAUCAAAUCAGCAUAUCAGAAUGAUUUCUGAAG